UUUAAAGAUUACGUUAAAACGUUGUUGAUACUUAUUAAAAUAUUGUUUUGUUAAUUAACAUAAUACAAAUAAUUAUAAUAAUAAUAAUAUAAUAAUAAUAACGGCAAGUCAUCAUCAUAAUAAUUACAAAUGUAAUAAUAACGAUAAAAAACAUAUAAUAUAAAUAUAAACAACUUAUGUGCAAUCAGUUAAUAAUUUUUUUAAUUUAUUCAAAACAUUCUAAUUUAAUAAAAAUAAAACAAAAAAAUCAACAAAUUUCUACGACAACAACAAUGCAACCAUAAAAGGAAAUAGAGCAACAAAUUAAAGUUAACUUUCAGUUGUAAGCGAAAACCAAAAGUGAUUUUUAGUUAGUUUCUCAAAAUUUAACAAACAAAAUUCACAACAAAAUUUGGAAUACAACAACAACUACAACAACAACAACUACACAACAACAACAACAACUACAACCACUGCAACAACAACAACAAACAACCAACCGACAACAACAACAGCAACAAUAAAAGCAACAGUAACUACAAAACUAACAAAUAAUUAUAAUAAAGAAGCAAACAACAUAAUAAUAUCAAGCAAAUUGUAACCAUAAUAAAGGAAAAAGCUAAAAACGUAACAGUAAACAAAACGUAAAUAAUAAUACAACAAAAUCAAAAAGAAAAAUCAAAGCGCAACAAACAAAAUAAAAUACAAAAAGCAAAAUAAUAAAAAAAGGAAAUAAAACCAAACCGAAACACAGCCAAUAAACCAAUCCAACAACAAUAACAAUAAAAUAAACAAAGCAACAAAGAAAUAGCAACAAAUCGAAACGAAACCGAAAUAGCCUUAUAACAAACAAAAUAAAACAAAACAAAAGCAAAGCAAAGCAAAACACAAAACGAAAUAGAAGAAGCAACAAUCCAAGCCCCAACAAACCCAACAAAAAAAAACCAUAUACCGAUAAGCCGAUAACUAACAGCAACCGAAACAGGAUAAACAACAAAACAAAACGGAAUAAACAAAAAUAGAAAAUAGCAACGAAAACAGAAACAGAAACAGUAACAGAAGUGAACAAAUCAAAAGUCAAAUUCUAAAGCCAAAAGCAAAACAAAAGCAAAAACCCAAGAAAAGCAAAAAUCGAAAUAGCCAAAAUUUGUUAAAUUUUUUGUGUCUAAUUAAAAAAGCAGAAAAAAGCGAAAUACAAAAAUGAGAAAAACGGAAAAGCUAAUACAAAUUUAAAAACAAAACAUAAAAAGGAAAUAAAAUUUUUGUCGUUGAAAACAAAUUGAACUUUUGUGUUACGGUUUCAAUUUUCGUCUUUAAAUUUACGUUCGUAUGAAAAGCGGUCGAAAGCAAAAAAACCAAAAACUAAAAAAGGAAUAAUGUUCUGAAAAGCUAUAAAAAGCUAUAAACAAUUUUUCAAACUUUGAUGAAAACAAAAAAGGUGAACAAUUUAAGCGAUCAAAAAAGUUAGAUGGAAGAAAACGAAUAAACGGACGAAAAAAAAAAAAAAAAAUACCAUCAACUUCCCGUGAGGAAAAGUUGAGAGGAGCAAAAUAACAACAACAUUUGUGUGUGUGUUUUUUGGCUAACGAAAGUACGAGACAAACAUAGUUUGACAGACAUUGCGAUUAUAUAUAUAUCAUUACAAGUAUAUACAAAAAAUAUACCAUCUAUAAAAAAAUACUAAAAAAUUUACGUAAAGGCAAAUAUUCAUAUCGUGGCAAAAAAUUAAAACAAAAAAUCAUGUAAAAACCAUUUUCAAAGCAAAAAAAAAAAAAAAACAAUUUCGUACAUAAACAAAUUAAAUAAUUAUUCGUAGUGCAACAAAAAAUAAAAACCAUUCAGAUAUAAACAAAACAAAAAAGAAAAACUUAACAAACCCCCAAAAAAAGCAAACGUUUUAAGCUAUACAUUAAAUUAUAUAUUACAUUUAUGAUAAAAAAAAAACCAAAAAACAAAAUAAAAGAAAAUAAAAACACAACGCAAAAGUAUAUUUGAGAAUUUAAAACAACAUUCAGAAGACGAGGACGAAAAAGGAGAAAACAAACAGUUUUUGGGCCCAAUAAAAAAUUAACAACUUUUCCCCCCACCCGGACACAGUUUGGAAUAAGAAAUUUUCACUUCUAGAAAAGCAGCAAACAUUUUGGGAUAUAAAAUUCUGCAUUAAUAACACUCAACAAGAACUAUUAUAAUUCAACGAGCCAAAAGAGAGGAAAUCACAUCCAAUAAACAUUUCGGGAUAAACGUAAAAGGAAACGCAUAUUUUUGCAAUAAAGAAAAAGUUGAACCUUUAAAGGGAAACCUGUAAUUUCUUGGAACCCCAUUUCCGAUGUCGAAACGAAAUUAAAUGUUCAGCAAAAAAAAGGUUUUCCCGCGUAAAAAUUAAUCGAUUUGGCGAUCAACUAGGAAAGCAACAAACAUAAAAGAAAGAAGCAAAUAUAAUUUGAAUACAGAGAGAAGGUAAAAAUAAAUGCGGCACUUAAGAAGAAAGGAAUUUUAAAUGGAAAAACACAAAAAAAGUAACAAAAGAAGAAGGACAACAACAACAACAACAACAAAAUGCGAGCCAUGAAAAGAAACAAGUGAACUAGGCAACAAAGCAGUUAAAACAAAGCAAAAUCAAACCCAGAGAAAUUGAAGAGAGUGAGAGAGAAAAAGGAAACAAAAGAGAGAAAACUGCAAAGAUGUGCAACAAAAGUCAAUAAACAAAAGAAACAAUAAAGACGCGAAGAGCUCAAAAGAAGAAACUGUGUCUAGUCGAAGGACAAGCCACAAACUAGAAGAAGCAACAAAAUAAUAAAAAAAAAACAGAAUAACAAACCCCAAACUAUAACAAAUAGAAACAAGUAAAGAGUAAAUACACAAACAGCUGCAAAAUGGCGAUAAAUUUCUCGGCCUCGUUUGCGGCAUGCAUCGCCGCAGGCUUGAAGGUGCCACGCCAGAUCAUGUACUGCAUCACACAGGACACCGGGCAGCCUUAUGUGCUGUAUAAGGACUCGCAGGAUGCGGAGCGAAAUGCGGGCGCCAUUGGGGCAAGUGCCGCACAAUGGGGCAGCGACAUGUACCCCAACAUCCAGCAGCAGGCGCAGCAACAGCUCACCGCCCACCAGCAACAACAGCAGCAGCAACAGCAACAACAACAGCAGCAACAACAACAGAACGCCACAGUGGCAGCAGCUCAAGCAGCAGCCGCUGCCGCAGCAGCGGGACAGCCGCAGAGUCCGCCAGGUGGAGGACGGGGGGGGCGGGACAAUGGCAGCGGCGAUGGCCGACAGCAGCAGGUGUCGCCCAGCUCCAGUCCGUAUCCCUCCGUGCAACAGCAGCAGCAGCAGCAGAGAGCCAAUGGCAAUGCCGACGACGAUGCCAUGAAUCAGCUUGCCAAUCAACAGAACUCCGCGCCAAAUCCAAACCAAAGCAGCAACGAGCCGCAACACGCGUCUGCGAACGGCGGCGAGCCUGGCCAGGGGAAUCCGCACGUGCAGCAGAACGGCAGCCAGAACGGUCCGCAAGGCGAUCCCGGCUUCCAGACGCCCGACUACUAUGCGCCACGCCACGGGGCGCCUCAAGGCGGCAUGCUUGCCCCGCCCGGCUUUCCGCCUCUGCACUAUCUGAACAAGAUGGAGAACGGAGGCGAAGCGUAUGCGUUGCCCGAACUCUUGCCUGGGCAACAGCAGCAGCAGCAACAACAACAGCAGCAGCAGAAUGGCGCGCAACAAAAUGGCGGAGCGGGCAAUCAAAAUGGCGGCGGGCCGGCGAAUGGGAAUGGGAACAAUGAGGGCGCAACGAAUGCGGCGAAUGCGGCGAGCGCGGCGUCGGGGGCAACGGGGACGACGAGCGGCCGAACGGGGCCGGGACGUCCGCACAAGAAUAAGCCGCACAGCGAUCUGCGGCUGUUCAAGUGUCUGACCUGCGGCAAGGACUUUAAGCAGAAGAGCACGCUGCUGCAGCACGAUCGCAUCCACACGGAUGCGCGUCCAUUUCCGUGCUCGGAGUGCGGCAAGCGAUUUCGUCAGCAAUCGCAUCUGACGCAACAUCUGCGCAUCCAUGCCAAUGAAAAGCCAUUCACGUGUCCGUACUGCUCGCGCAGCUUCAGACAGCGCGCGAUCCUCAAUCAGCACAUACGCAUCCAUUCGGGUGAGAAGCCCUUCGCCUGCCCCGAGUGCGGCAAGCACUUUCGCCAGAAGGCCAUCCUCAAUCAGCAUGUGCGCACCCACCAAGAUGUCUCACCGCACCUCAUCUUCAAGAACGGUCCGCAUCCGACGCUCUGGCCCUCCGACGUUCCCUUUCCCGGCGAGGAGACGGACACCAAGGGCGACAUCACUGUGGCCAGCGGUGGCUACCACGACGACGAUUCCCAAGGCACUCCCGAUGGCAGCGGUGGCAUGCAUUAUCCCUCCUACUUCAAGGAUAGCAAGGGUCAAAAGAUUCUACCAGAGGUGUUGCAACACAUUGGCGUCCGGCCAGCGAAUAUGCCGCUCUAUGUGCGAUGCCCCAUCUGUGACAAGGAGUUCAAGCAGAAGACUACGCUGCUGCAGCACGGCUGCAUCCACAUAGAGUCGCGUCCCUAUCCGUGCCCCGAAUGCGGCAAACGCUUCCGCCAGCAGUCGCAUCUCACGCAGCAUCUGCGCAUACACACCAACGAGAAGCCCUUCGGCUGCAUGUACUGUCCGCGCUUCUUCCGACAGCGCACCAUUCUCAACCAGCACUUGCGCAUCCACACUGGCGAGAAGCCUUACAAGUGCAGCCAGUGCGGCAAGGACUUCCGUCAGAAGGCGAUACUGGACCAGCACACGCGCACCCACCAGGGCGAUCGUCCGUUCUGUUGUCCGAUGCCGAAUUGCCGGCGACGCUUUGCCACCGAGAACGAGGUGACGAAGCACAUCGACAACCACAUGAAUCCCAACAGCACCAAGGUGCGAAGGCAGCAGCAACAGCAGCAGCAGCAACAGCAACAAGUGCAGCAGGUGCAACAGCAGCAGCAGCAACAACAGCAGCAACAACAACAGGUGCAACAGCAAGUGCAACAGCAGCAGCAGCAACAAAACGCCGCUGUGGCCUCCGCUGCCGUUGUGGCCAAUCAUCUGAUGAACGAUGUGAAGAGUCUGGCUGCCCAGCAAUUCCUCAACAACAACAAUCCCGCCGCUGUGGACAACAAGGCGAACAUCUUGCCGGUGCGCAGCAUGGCGGCAAAUGCAGCUGCGGCAGCUGCUGUGGCACAACAAUCGGUGGUCAAGAACGAACUGUACUUCCCCCAAUGCUAUGGCCCGCCCUUCCAGCAUCCCUUCCACGCCCAGCAGCAGCAGCAGCAACAACAGCAGCCAAGUGCAGCACAUGCCAAUGGCGGACCAACGCCGCCGGUGACGGUGACUGUGGCAAAUGCUGUGGCACCUGGUGUUGUGGUGCAACAGAAUCCCGCCACCUCUGUGGUGGCUCAGUGACAUCCCACCACUGGAGCAGCUGGCGCACAACAACAACAACAACAGCAGCAACAACAGCAACAACAGCAGCAACAGCAACAACAGCAACAAACGGUGGCAACAACAACAACAGCGCAUCAUGUGACAACGCCGCCGACGAGUGCACAUCAUAUCACGGCCACGGGGGGGGUAACAACCACGCCCACAUCGUCGACAACGGUCGCGGCGCCGCAGACGGUGACGCUGUCGAUCACAUUGCCACCGCCGCCGCCGCUGCCGCCGACGGCGCAUCCGCCACAUCCGCAUGCGGGACAUGCGUUGACGGCCACGCCCCAAGGCGGUGUUGCGCCCCCCCCGCCGCCGCCCACUCUAUCGCAUGCGAUACCCAUACACCCACACAUACACUCGAUAUUCGGAUCUCUAUGAUGUCAUCAGUAAAGUAAAAGUAAGAGUGAAAGUGAAAGUGAAAGUGAAAAGAAAGCAGCCCACAAAUCGAUCGAUCGCCACAAGGAGAGAGGAAAUUCUAGUUUUUAGCUUCGCUUCGAGUACUAGUCUUUUCGAAAAGGACUCUAAACUCCUUUCAACACAACCACGAAACAUCAAAUGCAAAAUGGUCGCAAGAAAGAAAGAAAGAAAGAAAGAACGAACGAGAGAUGAUGAUGAACCAAAAGAAACACACAAACACAACGUUAUACGAUUCCUUUUUCAAUAAUAUAUUCGUUUUAGGAUUUUAAACUUUAACAACACCGAGUUAUACGAUUUCUAGGCGUAGAGAUAAAACAUAAGAAUGUGAAAGAAGUAAAAAAGAAUGGCAGCUAAAAGUGAAAAGCGAGUUAUGAAAAGUGCGGGAAAAGUCGAAUAGUUAUGAUAUGAUGAUGUUUUAGGAGGCAUAGACGUUGCGCUAAGCUGACAAAAAAAUUAAAAAAUAGAAUUAUGUUUUCAAUUUUCUUGGCAAAGCACACACAGCAGCUAAUUUAUAUGAUAAAAAAAGAAAUUAAAAAUCUAUGAUUAUUAUAUUAUUUUCACAUAUUUGAGUGUAUGUGUUUGUUGUAGUAUUUGGAAUCUUGAUUUGAUAUGAUCUAAAGAUAUAAAACUCUAUAUAUAUAUAUAUAUUCUAUGCAUAAAUAGAAAUACUUUAUUCAUAAAAACUAUUAUUUGUAUAUCGCAAGUUAGCAAAAAAUCUUUUUCAUUCGAAUUUUGCUUCUUAUUUCUAUUAAUUGAUAUGUGAUUUUUUUAAUUAUUAAUUUUAAAUGAGAAAACGAAACAAAAGAAAAGAUGAAACUAAUAUGCAAUACGAAAUUAAGUUGUACAUUAAUUUGAAAAGCAAACAAAUUUGUUGUCUUCCCUAAUUGUUUGAGUGUAAUUUAUGUUGAGUUUUAUUUAGUAAUUAGUUCUAGUUAAUAGGUUUUACCCCCCAACACCCGACCCCGCCUCCUCCAAAACCCCUCAAAUGUAUGUCCACACAAAUAACUCUUCCCUUAAACACAACUUGUAGCAAAGACAAAAUAGUUAUUCAGAUGUGACUCUUCAGGUGCCAUACAAACAAAGUUAAUGAACAAUAGUCAGAGAAAGCACUCGAAAUUGCAAAAAAAACAAUUAUAAAAGAAAAACAAGAUAUUCUGUGUGGAUCAACAAAAAAAAAUUUAGUUUCUUAUCAAAUUUUCCAAUGUACCGUCAAAGCAUUUAUAAUUGUUAUUUAACUAACAAAUGAACAGAAAUAAUGGACAGCAUAGAACAGAAGAAAGUGAAUUAAUGAUUAAUCUAAUAUAUAUAUAAUUUAGCAAUUGUCGUUUUCCCCCUCCUCCUCCAAAAACACUUUGCAAGUAAUUCUACUCAUUAUUUAAUAUGUAUGUAUUAAUUAAUUAAUUAAUUGAUUAUAUCUGAUCACUCUCGAUAUGUAAUUAUCUAGCGUUAACAACAACAACAACAACAACAAAAGUUUCAAUUCGAAAUCAAAUUUGCGAAAUGAAUUUGUUUUUACUGUUUUAGUUUUUUACAAAUUAUGUUUUGCAUAUAUUAUUUAAUCAUUUUUAAUAAACCGACAAAUAAUUAUAUUUUUCAUUUUCUAUAUUUUUGUUUGAUUAUCAUUUACUUUAUAUGGAGUAACUUUUCGAGACUCUUGACAAAAAUGUUUUCGGCGACAAUUUAUAUUUUUCGGCUUGGGCAAGGCGUCUGAUUUUUGUGAUAGGCUCAGUUUAAAACAAAAAACUUUUCGGCAAACAAAUGGGCUAAUGAAAUUUGUAAAUAGUAUCAUUUUGGCAAAGAACAAUUCAAUCCAAAAAGUAUGUGCAAAAGUUUUAUAAAUAGUUUAAAAAUAAUAUUAAAAAAAAACACAUUGUUUGGCAUUGUAAAAAUUUUAUUAAUACCUCUAUUCAACAAAACAAAUUUGAAGAGGUUAGUCAAAAUUUUAAACACAAACACACUUUUUAGGCACAUUUAAACAUAAUAAUAAAUUGCAUGUUUUGGCACACAGACAACAACAACAACAACAAGAUAAUGAGAAACAACAAAAUUUAUACGAUAUCCAAUGUGGAGGCUUUUAUUGGAAUUAGACCAGAGAAUUCCAUGAACAAGAGAGCAUGAUUUGCUAUAAGUAUAAACAAACAAAAAAACAAAAACAAAAACACUAAACUAUAAUAACUAAAAUACUUUUAGGCCUUUUUAGACAAAAUUUUUAACAAUUCUUUUUGGCUUUAAACAAAAUCGAAAUCGAAAAAAAAACGAAACGAGAAAUUGAGAAAUUGAAAAUGAGAACACAAAACACCUUUUGGCUUUAAAUCAAAAUUAUGUUUAGUUUUAGUUAACUAACGUGAAUAUCUCUAUAAAUAUUUAUAUCAAUUAUGGCAAAUUAUGCUAUAAUUCCAAUAAAAGCAAAAUUUAGACUGAAUGUCGCUGUGAUAAAUGCAAAAAAAAAAAAGAAAAAACAAAAAUUACGAAUACAUAAAACUUUUGUAAAUUUUUAGGCAUAAAAAAAAACGAAAUUUAACACAUACAUUUAAUCAAAAAGAAAAAAACAAAAACUUAACAUAAAUUUAGGCGCUAAAAAUUGAUAAAAAGAAAGAUAAAAAAACAAAAAUUACUAACCAAAAUUUAUCCAAAAAAUGCUCCAUUUAAACGCAGUUCAAACUGCAACUUUCAGUUUAUAAUUUGAUUAUAAAACAUUCUUUUUUGAUUUAUCUAAAUAUGAUUUCUGUAGUUGCAAAUCAAAAUUUCAUAAAAAAAAGAAAACAAAUGAUUGAAUGAAGAAAAUGUAUAAACCAGCUGCUUCAGUGGAAUUUCGAAGCUUAAAGAGCUCAAAUGAAACACAGAAAACGAGAAACCUUAAUAAGGGGAAAAUAUUACCGGCAAUGACAUAAAAAGUAUGAGAAUAUAUUGAUCUAUAUAUCGUAGAGAACUGAAACGUGAAAACACAAGACAAAAUAGCCUAGACAGAAAAAGGGGCUAUAAAGAGAAAACUAGUUUAAGCCAAUCCUGAACACAAAAAACCAAAAAAAACAUAUGACUAUAUAUAUGAGAAUCCAGUAUAAGUACAUAGUUAAAGUUAUAGAGCAGAGUUCUAUCGACAUCUUCAUCAUCAGCAAUCAGCAUCUGCUAAAACACAAAGUUACAAGCAUACCUAACAAACAAACUAACAAACAAACAAAACAAUAGCCCAAUUUAAAUAACCAAGAGUACAAAUACAAGUAAUUUUUAUAGCAGAAAUUUUAAUUGCAGUCUCAAUAAAGCAUCCAUUAAAUGAAUACACACUCAACACACACACACACACAUACACUAACACCAACACACAGGCAUGGAUAUGAAAAUAUUAUGUAAGAACUUGGCAAAUCAAAAACUAUGAAAAAGAAAAAAAGAAAAACCAAAAAACAAAUUCGAAAGCUGCUUUUCGAAACGACUUGACGAAUCAAAAAGAAAAUGAAUGAAAAUGAAAAUGAACUCGAGAAAAAAUCCUUUCUUCUUAACACAAGAAAUUAUAAUAAUGAAAUAAUAAAAAUUACGAUGUAAACUAAAGUUUCCAUAUAAUAAGAGAGAUGAGAAUUAAAUUUGUUUGUAUCACAUUUCCGGCUUACAAUUCAGAGAACCAAAACCAAAAACGCAAAAAUUCAUAUUAAAUGCCUACAAUAACAAUAACAUCAACAACAACAACAACAACAAGAACUAACAACCACAAUAUGGAAUUUAGAAAGUUUUAGCAGAGUAUCAAAGCAAUGCGAGACAACAUGGCGUAUACGCAAUAUGCUUCGAUGCUUUGCUCUCACGUUCUAGAUUCAAAGGAAUAAAUAAUUGAAUUGAGUACAGCCGCUUUCGCUUUCUGCAAUAGUGAUAAUAGUUUAUAAGUGAAACCCAUCAUAAAAAAAGAAAACGCAUCAAAGAAACCAAGAAACAUAGAAACAAGAAACAAGAAACAUUGAAGCAAAUCAACAAGAAAACAGUAAGAGAAAUAUAUAAAUAAAAUAGGUAAAUACAACAUUGAAAUAGCAACGGUAAGCAUAUUAAUUUAAAAUGACAAACGCAUAAUAAUAUACGAAUGAAAUAAAAAUGAAAACAAAAAUAAAGAAGAAGAAUAUAUAAAUCAUAUAUACGAGAUCCCGAUCCCGAUCUAAGCCCAUUGACAAAAGCUGUUUGAUUUGAUUUCAAAUUGCAAAUUUGAUGCAUUUAUGUACGAUUUUUAGUUGAAUUCUCAAAUAUCAACCAAGAACAACAACAACAACAACAACAAGCAAGUGAAAUAUAUAUACAAGAUGAUAUAUAUAUAGAUAUAUAUAUAUACUAGAUACAUACUGUAUGUGUAUGUAUAAAUAGCAUAUAGUGCAUGGAAAACCUAAACUCUUAUAUUAUAUGUAUGGUGUAUUAUAUUUUUUAACGUAUUUAAUACAUACUCUCUCUAUAUAUAUAUAUAUAUAUACGAUAUAUAUAUACAUAUAUCUACUUAUAAUUGACGAAAAGAUUAAAGACGUUGAGAGAACACCAAAUGCCAGCUAAAGGAAUAGUUAAAUAGAAGACACUCACAGAACAAACAAACAAACAAACAGUACUGACAGAAUAAUAAUUGUAAAAUAAAACAAAAAAACAAGAAACAAAGAAGCAUUAAUUAAAUCGAAACUGUUUAUUAUUUAACUAAACAACAAGCAGAACAACAACAACAAUAGCCUCGUUAGUUUUUAAUGAAUAUUGAAUCAGUGAAAUAAAACUCGAUACAAAUGAACAAACAAUGAAAAUAUUGCAAAAAGAACACACACGAAAAUAUGGCAACUUGGCAACCCUAGACAGAGUGCUCGUCAUUUUUAUAGAUUGAUUCAUUUACUUUCCUUCAGAUUUCUCAUUUUUCGUUUUUUUGUUUUUUGGUUUUUGUGCAACAAUCAAAAUAUGGUUCCUCAUUACAUCAUUGAAAUGUAACAUAGACAUAACACAUAUACACAACAUACAUACAUAGAUACAUACCAAUACAUAUGUAUAUUUGUACAGAAACAGAUCAUAAACAAAUGAGUUGAAUAUAGAGCAUACAAUACUUAUAAAAUAAAAUAAUAAUUAAAUCAAAGCCAUAGCAGAAACAGAUCGAAAGAGUUGAAGAGUUUACUAAAGCAGAGAUGUCAAUAUUCUACCUCGAAUUUAUUGGGUUAGCAUAUUAAAUACUUGUUAGAUUAAUGUAUCUUUAUCUAAGUUUACAUUUAGAGUGUCCAAUCUUUUAUAUUUCUUUUUACUUUCUGUUUAUGAGUUUAGUUUUUUUCUCUGAGAAUUCGAAUUUGCCAAACACAACAAAAUGAUUUCUUGUUCCUACAAAUCGCCAAGCUAAAAAUCCUUAUAGACCCACAUUAGAGAUUAGAGAGCCAAAGUCCCCCCAAAAAAAGAAAAAAGAAAGAAGUCAAGUAAAUGAAUAACGAACGUAUUUAAAAUGCCAUAGUCAACUUUUUGCAAUACACACAAUGUGCCCAUAGAACAAGUAAUUUAUGAUAUAACCGAAUGGAAUCAAAUCAAAUGAUCAAAUAAUUUAUUUAUAUUAUACUUAUAUGAAUGCGAAUUGUUGUUAUUGCAACAAAAAAGAAGCCACAAACCAAGAGAAAUAGUACCGAGAAUAUUUUACAGAAUUUUUUACAAUCAGGAAACAGCAUCAACAAAAUAGCAGUAAACAAAAUAAACGACUAAACAAUAGUUAAAUAAAACAAAUAAAAAAAAGCAUAAGAAAAACCAAAACACAAGACAAAAAAAAUAGCAAAAGUGAAAACACGAAAAAAUAAACUCAAUUAUAGUAACAUUUACUUAAUGAACCCAAUUAAUAAAACCAAAACCAAUAAUAAUAACAUAUUUGACUAAGUGUUAAGUGAACAAAAAAAAACAAAUAUUUUUAAAACUUGCGCUCGCAUUAAACAAAAGAUAAAAGCUAUAAGUUCAAGAAAUGGAACCCAACAACAAUAGAAAUAAACAAUGAGAACACGAUUUGUUAAGUUCGCAUUUAUUUAAAUCGAUGAAGAAUCAUAUUGUAUGUACACUUUACCUUGUUUCCAAUUGAAUAGUACAGUUUGUAAUGAAUUAAUUAUAAACAAUUGACAGGGACUACCACAUAAUAACCAUAGAAAUAGCUGAGCAACAAAAAACAACACAGACCGAAGAACAAUAGCAACAAAUUUUAUUUAGGGUUCAGCUAAGGUUCUGCGAGAGAGAGAAAGAGAGAGAGCGAUGCGAAUGCAAGAGAUUAUAAUUAAAUUCUAUUAUUACAUAUAUUGAUUGAGCUAUAAACUGUACAUAAGCAUAAGCAAAACGAUACGAUUAUACAAGAAAUGUAAAACCCAACAACAAAAACAACUGCAAUAGUACCAAAGUAAGUAAAUCAAUUAUUUAUUAUUCUCAUUCCGCGAGCAGACAAAGUGCGUUGUAUAAAACAUUAAAUAUAAACAAAACAAAAUCAAAUACAUAGCUAAAAUUUAUGUUCUAAAUAAGUGAAGUGAAAUAAUUGAAGGGGCAACUCAAUGCAUAUUAUAAACUGAGUGCCUCAUCCCCCCUCCCUCCCCCCUCAUAAAGAUAAAAAAAACCAGUUGAGAAUCAUGUGAAUCUUUAAAUUCUUCAGUUGAAAACAACAUAUCCGCUAAAGCAACAAGAAACCAAAAAAAAAAGUAUAAACCAUCAAAUUUUACCAGUGUUUUUUUUUAUCAGAAAGUGAGAGACAAACCAAUUGCGUUUAAUUUCCUUGUUGAGCAGUGUACGAAAUACGAAAUCGAAGCCACAAAUCAAACAAAGCAAUAGUGAUAAAAGCUGAUCAGCGGGGGGGCUGUGAAAUUUGCCUUUUUUUGGCAGCCACGCCUCCCUCGCUGCAGUUGCCAUAGCCUGAUUAAAUGAUAAACAAAACAGAACAGAACAGAACAGAAUAAAAUAAACCAAUCGAAUCUUUUUUUGAUUUAUAAUAUACAACAACAAUAUGCCUACAACAACAAUACUUAAAAACAAGAACAACAACAAAUGCAACAUUUACCGCAAAACAGCAACCAUAGUACAAUAAACAAUACAUUUUUCUUAUUAAACAACUUUUAUACAGCCAAUCAAGAAAGCAAUAGACAAAGAUAAAAGCGCAAGAAUUUAAAUUAUAUCUAAACAAAUAAUAAUUAAAAUCGAAAUGCACAUAAAAAAAAGAAGAAGUUAUUGUAAAAAUACAAAAUACAAAAAUGAAAUCAGUUGAAGCAAAUCAAAAGCGUAAACCGAAAAUCUUAAUAAUUGUAUACAACAACAACAAAAUAUAUAUAAAAAUAUAUAUAAAUAUAUAUAUAUAUAUAUUAUAUUUUUUAAAGAAAACAAAACUAACAAUAGCGAAAACACAAAGGAUUGUUAAACAUUUUUUACAUAUGAAUUUGUAUAAUUUCUAUUCAAUUCAUAUGAAACUCGAAUUCUAUAUGAAAACAACAACAAGAACAACAUCAAAUACAGCAAGAACAAGAAAUAACAAGCAAAAUAAAAAUAAAAAUCUUUUUUAUAUUACAAGAGACAAACCAUUAAAACAAACAACAACAACAACUAAAAUCUCACUUUACUGGUAAAAAAAAGUAUAAUAAUAAACAUGCAAUUGGUAUAUAAAACAAUAAGAAAAAUCCUAAGAAAAUGCACAUGAAAAGCAAUAAAACUGGCUACAAAAAUUCUGAAUAAAAAACUAUAAUUAAUUUCAGUUUAUUUUAUGAUUGAUUUCAUUAUAAUUUUCAAUCUAAACCAAUUUUUGUUUUCCAUGUCAAGUAAUUCCAUUUGUUUUUUGCACACAACAUCAACUACAACAACAACAAGAACAAGAAAAGAACAAGAGCAACAACAACAAAAAAUAUUACAACAACAACCAAAAUACAGAGAAAAUCUCUAAAACUAACCUUAUAACUGGCAAACAAGUUUCGAAACUCAAGUUUUAAUAAAUAUUUGUGGCUAAUACUAUGAACGAAAAAAAAAUGAUUAACAAUUUGCAUCUAGCAAAAGAUAAUUUACCCACAUUUUGGCUGGAUAAAAAUAAUUACGAAAUGGGAGCAAAGUUUUACUCCAGAUUUAAUAAAAGAAAUUAUCCUACAAGAUUCGAGGAUCGUCAAGGAAAUCUUUGGUAUUGAAAAAAAAAGAAUAUGAAAAUGGUAUAAUAAUAAUUUAGAUGUCAAAAAAUUUAAAUAAAAAAUGAUGACUUGACCAAACGGCAUUGAAAACGAAAUCAAUUUUCGAAAAACGAAAUGAUAAAGUUUAUACAAAAAAAAAACACUUCUCGGCCUUUUCCAAAACUUAAACUCUCGGCUAAUACAAAAAACAAAAACAAAUCUCGGCAAUAACAAAAUUACAAAAACGAAAAAAAAACACGGCAACUACUAUUUACAUUAAAUUACAUUUUUGGAGCAAACAAAAACAAAAUUUACAUUUAAGCCAAAUGUUUAAGCAUCAUUUUUUAAUUAACAAAAAACGGAAAACGAACAAAAAAAUAAAAAACACACACAUUAAACUGAAAAUGAGGAAAGAACUUUCAGCAAAACAUUUAAGUAAUACUAAAAAUAAAAUACUUUAGGUAUUAAAAUUAAAAUUAAACACUAAAAUUAAUACUAAAUUAUGGUAAGCGAAUAGAAAUAUUUAUCAAUUUUGAAACCGGAAAAUGGAAAAAAAAACACGAAAAUGCAAAAAAAAAUACACAUCAUUACACACACCAAAAAGAAAAGCAAAGUAAAUAAGUACGAGUACAUAUAUAAAAUCCAACAAAAAAAAAAAUGGGGUUACAACGGAAAUAUACUAAAAAAUGAAACGAAAAAAAGAUGGAAAUUCAAAAUUUUAAUUGUUGUAAGCAAAAACCAAAAAAAAAGAACAAAAAAACAAAAGAAAACAAGCUACUUACAUAUAUUAUAUAUGAGCAUAUAAUCAGCACACACUUCUAAAAUUAACAAACACACUCAAGAUGGAUUCUCCAUCGCACACAACACACAAGACAACACAACACAACACACAACACUAAACCAAGAACACAACAACUAAUUUUGACCACCUAAAGAAGAGGAAAAGAAGGACACAAACACACACUCAAAACUCGAUACAACCCACAAGCCACGCCCACACCCACACCAAACAAACGCCCACAGGUCACAACACAACUCUUUCCAUUGGUUUAGAUUUUAAGCAUAAUUUUAAUAAUGUAAUCGUCAGCCAAAAAAAAAAAAACAAAACAAAA